CCCGUUCCCUCUCUCGAGGUUUCCUCGCCCAGUGUUGCACCGCAAAAACCGGUAGAGAGAGAGAAGGAUGAGAGAGAGAAGAGGCUACUAUAUUUUAUUAAGAGACAAAGAGCUUGCUAAAAAUUUAGGACUCGUGUGCAAAACACUCUGGCUCUAUUUUUUUUAUUUUCGGUACGGGUAUUUGUGCAUGAUGUCUUUUUACCAUUGGUUUUGAGUGCGAUAGCAACAAGAAGAAAAGGAAAGCCCAAAUUCAUCGCAGAAGGUAAUAACAAUGGCGGGAGCCUCUAAAUACCUUCUCGAUCUUCCUUCCCGCGGUCUCUUCUCCUCCACUAUCCAGUCUACUAACCCGGGGAGUAUGCGAGUAUAUAUCUGUGAUCAUGACACAUCCCCCCCAGAGGAGCAAUUGAUAAAGACGAACCAGACAAACAUAUUGAUCAGAUCUCUAACACUCAAGAAACAAAAAGGUGAGAGCAAAGUGAAGGACACGAAAGGCAAGGGGGGCACUGACAAUGCCAAAGGGAAAAGAUCUGCAGAAAGGGCUGUAGAUAGCAGGACUUCUGUGAAGAGAGCAAAUGUAGCCAAUGGUUCUAGUAGUUCUAGAAAGGAGGGUUCUAUUAAUUAUUCUGAAAGAGAGAUCCAAAAUUUGACUGUUGAAAGGUUGCGCUAUCUUUUGAAAGAGAGAAACUUACCUACCAAGGGCAAGAAGGAGGAACUUGUUGCACGCUUGAAAAAUGACCAGGAAGAAUCUUCCAAACUGAUAUCUGAUAACUGUGAUGAAAACUAGUUUUGGUACGAGGUCUACAAUCGGGCAAUGAGCAAUAUGAUUUCAAAUUUUUGAGUGAUCUUUGUUGCUGUAGGUUCAUAAUGGUCGGUCUUUUGUUGUGUAAUUGUGUAAAUGUUAUAGGUUGUGUUUCUGAUGUUAUAGGAAGAGGCAGAUGGUUGUUUGAAUGUUUCUUAGGAUUUUGUAAUGAAACAAAUGUCAUUUCCAUUCUCACCUGUUUAUUUAUGCCUUUUAUUGGGAUAGUCCUGUUUAUUUGUGCCUUGUCUCACAGAGAUUUGAUUUCCAAGCAUGGUUUGUGGUGUAGUGGUAGUUCUUGU